GUUACAGGUGGCGAUGGAUCAUUAAUCAUAAGAGAUGUUAUCGUGGAGACUCCUCAGCCAGUGGAUUCAACUCUCACUUUACUCUUUUUUAGCUGAGUUUUAUAACAAAAUGCAACCCUCUUUUUGUCGUGACCACAUAACCAAGUAGCAGAGCUGAUUACAGAAGAACGAUCUGUCCAUGAAAAUUUCUCGUAAAAGGUUAUGGCUGAAGGAGUUGUGUUGUUUGGAGUUCAGAAGCUUUGGGAGCUUCUGAAUCGAGAAUCUUCUCGAUUAAAUGGAAUCAAUGAGCAAGUUGAUGAACUAAAGCGUCAGCUGGGAAGGUUACAGUCGUUGUUGGAAGAUGCAGAUGCCAAGAAACAUGAAAGUAAAAGGGUGAGAAACUUCUUGGAAGACGUUAAGGACAUCGCUUAUGAUGCUGAGGAUAUAAUCGAAUUCUUUCUUUUAAAAGAAUUUAGAGGAAAAGAAAAAGGGAUCAAGAAGCAUGUGAGAAAACUUGCUUCCUUCUUAGUCGACCGACGGAAAUUUGCUUCAGAUAUUGAAGGCAUCACUAAGAAGAUCUCUGAGUUGAUUGGGGAAAUGCAGAGUUUAGGGAUACAAGAGAUCAUCGAUGGUGGUCGUUCGUUGUCGCUGCAAGAAAGACAAAUGAAGCAAAGGGAGAUCCGGCAAACGUUUGCUAACAGUUCCGAAAGCGAUCUUGUUGGGGUGGAAGAGAGUGUUGAAGCAUUAGUUGGUCAUUUGGUGGAGAAUGAUAACAUUCAAGUGGUUUCUAUAUCUGGCAUGGGAGGUAUUGGUAAAACCACUCUCGCAAGACAAGUCUUUCAUCAUGAUAUGGUACAACGUCAUUUCUAUGGUUUCGCGUGGGUUUGUGUUUCCCAACAGUUUACGCAGAAGCAUAUUUGGCAGAAGAUCUGGCAAGAACUUCAACCACAUGAUGGGGACAUUUCACAUAUGGACGAGCAUAUACUCCAGGGUAAGCUCUUUAAGUUGCUGGAAACCGGUAGAUAUUUGGUUGUCCUUGACGAUGUAUGGAAAGAAGAAGACUGGGACCGAAUUAAAGCAGUGUUUCCGGGAAAAAAAGUUGCAGGUUGGAAGAUGCUACUUACUUCUCGCAAUGAACGUGUUGGGUUACAUGCAGAUCCAACAUGUUUUACUUUUAGACCAAGAAUCCUUACACCCAUAGAAAGUUGGAAGCUAUGUGAGAAGAUAGUGUUCCACAGGAGAGACCAAACUGAAGUAAGGGUUGAUGAAGAUAUGGAAGCCCUAGGAAAGGAAAUGGUCACAUAUUGUGGAGGACUACCAUUAGCAGUUAAAGUUCUGGGAGGCUUAUUAGCUGAAAAACAUACAGUUGCCGAGUGGAAAAGAGUGUGUGACAAUAUUGGACCCCAGAUCGUAGGAGGAUCUAGCUUAGAUGACAAUAAUCUCAAUUCGAUUUACAGAGUAUUGUCUCUAAGCUAUGAAGAUUUGCCAAUGCGUUUAAAGCAUUGCUUCCUUUACUUAGCUCAUUUUCCAGAAGAUUACAAUAUAAAUGUGGGGAGAUUGUUCAAUUACUGGGCUGCAGAAGGAAUCAUAACUUCAUUUUACGAUGGAUCAACCAUCCGAGACAGUGGAGAAGACUACCUAAACGAGCUAGUGAGGAGAAAUAUGGUUACUAUUGACAAAAAAUAUAUGUUUUUGAGAAACAUAUAUUGUUGUCAAAUGCAUGACAUGAUGAGAGAAGUAUGUUUGUCAAAAGCCAAAGAAGAGAACUUCCUAGAAAUCGUCAAAGUCCCAACAUCUACCUCUGCCAUCAAUGCUCAGCCUCCUAGUAAAUCUCGCAGACUCUCUGUAAACGGUGGUAAUGCCCUUCAAAACCUGGGACAAACAAACAAAAAAAAAGUUAGAACUCUUUUGUUUUUUGGAGUUGAGGAUGACUUUUGUAUACAAUCGACAACCCCAAGCUUCCUAAGUUUAUCAUUGCUCAGGGUGUUGGAUCUUGCUGGGGUAAGGUUUCAAGGAGGGAAGCUACCUUCGAGCAUUGGAGAUCUCAUCCACUUGAGAUUUUUGAGCUUACGCAGGGCUUGGGUAUCUCAUCUACCUUCUUCUCUGCGGAAUCUAAAGCUUCUACUCUAUUUGAACUUAGGCUUCAAUGGGAUGGCUCAUGUGCCAAAUGUUCUGAAAGAGAUGCUAGAGUUGAGGUACCUUCAGUUGCCAAUGUCAAUGCAUGAUAAAACAAUGUUGGAAUUGUGUGAUCUAGUGAACUUGGAGUCUUUGAUGAAUUUUUCAACAAAGUACAGUAGCGUGAUGGACCUCCUCCACAUGACUAAGCUCAGGGAGCUCAGUUUAUUUAUCGAUGACGGGUAUACUUCUGAAACUCUAUCCUCAUCUCUCCGUCAAUUGAGAGCCCUGGAGGUGCUCCAUUUAUACGACAAGCCAGAAAAUCGUGUGGCUUAUCAUGGGGGAGAAAUUGUUCUGGAUUGCAUUCAUCUAAAAGAAUUAGAGUUGGCGAUGCAUAUGCCAAGGUUUCCUGAGCAAUAUCAAUUCCAUCCCAACCUUUCACACAUAUAUCUAUGGUGUUGCUGCAUGGAGGAGGAUCCAUUCCUGAUUCUAGAAAAGCUGCUUCAUUUGAAGUCGGUUAUAUUAACAUUUGGUGCUUUCAUUGGGAAGAGAAUGGUAUGCUCAAAAGGUGGAUUUACUCAGUUAUGUUUUCUAAAACUAGAAUAUCUAGAAGAGUUAGAAGAGUGGAUAGUCGAAGAAGGGUCGAUGCCAUGUCUUCGUGUUUUGACUAUACGUGAUUGCAAAAAGCUGAAGUUUCCGGAUGGGAUCAGAUACAUAACUUCCUUAAAGGAAUUGACGAUUGUAGGAAUAAAGACGUGGAUGGAGAAAUUGGUACAAGGUGGGGAAGAUUACUACAAAGUCGAAAACAUUCCCAAUGUUCAAUUCAUCAACUGUGACGAAUAAGGAAAAUACUAGCUUUUAAUCUUUUUAGGCAAGAAAUCGUUUCAUAUUAUAUAAGAUUCUAUUCAAUU